CACCUGGGGUGCUGCUAGGUGCUAUCGUGUCUAUGCUACUUCAUUCCACCGAGAGGUAGAUAGUGAAGGAAGUGGUGCUGUUUGUUAGCAUGUACGAGUCUGAUUCCAUUUUCCAUGUUAUGCUGUUUGCUGAGGAUUGCGCAAUCGGUUGCGGGGGUUUCUGGGUUAUUGGCUCAACGAGGUGGAGGUGUCUUGAGACAGGCAGGAGAGCUGCUGUUUCUGGUGUUUGAGGUUUCACAUGCUACUAUAAUUGUUGCUGCAAUUGAUUUAUUUGUUGUAAGAAAUCGGUCUGCAAGGUGUGAAGAAAAGGAGAAGCUUGAAUCUGUAAAUCAAGGAAAAUUUGGGUAUAGCAAGAAGGAAGAUCUGGAAUUACCAUUGUUUUUUAUUUGUCUGCUUAUUUUUGAAGAGAAGGAGAGGCUGAAAGUUGUUAUUGAACAGAUCAUGAGCUGUAGCUUCUUGGCAAUUGUUUUCAGCAGCAGAUGAAUGACAACCAAAAAGAUGAAGUG